AUGACAUCAAAAGAGCCAAAACGCAUGUUUUGCAUUUUCCCAUUCUUCUGUUUCUUCUUCUCAUUCAUUGCACAACACACCACCCCAAGCAUCGCUUAUCCUCUCUCCACAAGCUCCCGUUGGAUCGUCGACAAGAAAGGUGAACGAGUGAAGCUAGCGUGUGCGAACUGGCCAUCGCACCUCCAGCCCGUGGUGGCUGAAGGACUGAGCAAGCAACCGGUGGACACAUUGGCCGAUAAAAUAAUGGAAAUGGGUUUCAAUUGUGUUAGGUUAACUUGGCCGUUAGAUUUGAUGACUAAUGAGACAUUGGCUAAUAACGUCACAGUGAGACAGUCUUUUCAAAGCUUAGGUCUUAAAGAUGACAUUGUUGGCUUCCAAACUAACAACCCCUCCAUUAUUGAUCUCUCCCUCAUUGAAGCUUUUAAGAUGGUGGUUACUAAAUUAGGAAACAAGGAUGUGAUGGUGAUAUUAGACAACCACCUAACCAAACCAGGGUGGUGCUGUGCCAGAACCGACGGUAACGGUUUCUUCGGUGACCAGUUUUUUGAACCCUCCGUGUGGAUCGCCGGUUUGAGUAAAAUGGCGGCGACAUUUAAUGGUGUCUCUAAUGUCGUUGGCAUGAGUCUAAGGAAUGAACUUAGAGGGCCUAGACAAAACGUAAACGAUUGGUUCAAAUACAUGCAACAAGGAGCAGAAGCUGUUCACUCAGCAAACAAGAACGUACUUGUAAUCCUCUCCGGUCUCAGCUUCGACAACGAUCUCUCCUUCGUUAGGUCUCGACCCGUAAAACUAUCCUUCACUGGAAAACUCGUCUUCGAGAUGCAUUGGUAUUCUUUCAGCGACGGAACAUGGUCGUCCAAUAACCCUAACGACAACUGCGGUCGGGUCCUAAACCGGGUAGGAAACAACGCCGGUUUUCUACUUAACCGAGGGUUCCCAUUGUUUCUCAGCGAAUUCGGUGUAGACGAAAGAGGAGGAAACGUGGAUGAUAAUCGCUAUUUCGGGUGUUUAAGCGCUUGGGCGGCUGAAAAUGACGUAGACUGGGCGCUUUGGGCGCUUACCGGAGACUAUUACUUGAGAGAAGGCGUGGUCGGGCUGGUUGAAUAUUAUGGUGCUUUGGAUUCGGAUUGGACUAGUGUUCGGAAUUCGAGUUUCUUGCAGAUGAUCUCUCUUCUCCAGUCUCCGCUUCAAGGACCGGGCCCUCGAAGUGAUGCUUACAACUUGGUUUUCCAUCCGUUAACUGGACUCUGCCUAGUACGAUCUCCCGAUGAACCAACGAUGGUCACACUUGGUCCGUGCAAUAGUUCUGAACCAUGGAGCUACACUAAGAAAACCUUAAGAAUCAAAGACCAGACUUUGUGUUUACACAGCAACGGAGCAAAAAACCGGGUUACGAUGACUCGGACAAGUUGUUCGACGUCCGGUUCGAUAUGGCAGACAAUCUCCGCCUCUAGGUUGCAUUUAGCUUCGACAACAAGUAACAAGACCUCUCUUUGUCUUGACGUGGACGCAACCAACAACGUCGUCGUGGCUAAUGCUUGCAAGUGUCUGAGUAAGGACAGUUCGUGUGAGCCAAUGAGCCAGUGGUUCAAGAUCAUUAAAGCUACAAGGCCACUGAAGAGCUCGAGACUGUAUAAACAACAGUCUUUAGAGAAUUUGUCAUCCAAGUCGGAUUUGUUGUAA